CACCCGUGUCAUGCUGUCAAGUGUCAACUGUUUCGACAUGAUAGGUGUAUUCGACUUCAUGCAGCCGCAGUCGAUGUCGAACGUACCUACCUUUGGCACAUAGCGUACCUGGGCGGUGCUACUUAGUCUGUAGUUUCUAACUGCUUUCACACGCCAACUGUCUCCCACCUUAAAAUGUCAUGUAAACCAUUGACCGAUGAGGCCGUUGUAUCAGCGUGCAAGGAAAGGGACCCCAUCACCAAGGACUUCAUGAUGCAGCAAACUAAUCUCAGGGUGAAAGACCCUGCGAAAUCCAUAGACUUUUACACCCGCAUCAUGGGCAUGACUUUGCUUCAGAAAAUAGACUUCACACCCAUGUUGUUUACUCUCUACUCCCUGGGGUACGAGGAGAAGACAGACAUCCCAGUGAAUGUGAAAGAGAGGACAGCGUGGACAUUUUCUCGCAGAGCCACUCUGGAGCUCACACACAACUGGGGCUCGGAGUUGGAUGACAGCAUUUCAUACCACAACGGAAAUUCCGAACCUCGGGGCUUUGGGCACAUCGGUAUUGCUGUACCUGAUGUCUAUGCAGCCUGUAAAAUAUUUGAAGAACAAGGAGUAACAUUUGUCAAGAAACCAAAUCAGGGUAAAAUGAAGGGACUGGCUUUCAUACAGGACCCUGACGGAUACUGGAUUGAGAUUUUAAGUCCAAACAACAUGGUCCCAUUAACUUCAUAAACCUUACAUUUUGUGGGAUUCUACUUAAUUGCAUCUAUGAUUCUGAUAUGCAGGCCUAUGAAAGUACUGCAAAAUGAUACAUUUUAGGUCACAGGGAAAUUUUACAAGCACCACUGUACAGGGCAGAAUUUUGACGUAUUAGAACUGCCAUAAAUGCAAACACAUUUGGUUUUGAACUGUUUACAUUUAUUUUGUAGGCCAAAUAAACACGUUUAUUUUUAUGUC